UUGAUUAACUUAUUCAAGAUAAACUGUAAUAGGCUAAUAGCCACUAUUAGCUUAGAGAAAUCCACAUGAAUAUUGUAUGAUUUGAUUAACUUUUUCAAGAUAAACUUAAUAUUGUAUAAUUUUUUUUGUUACCCUCCACAAGUUUGGCUAGUUUUCCCAAAACAUUUUUUUUUUGGGUAUAAAUUUUAUUAUUGAUCUUCCGUGUACGUAUUUCCACCAUAUCCUUUAUUUAUUUAAGGUACCACCCCUUCUCAAACACUUUUCAACAAGAAUGUGUCCAAUGUCAACCUCCUCAAAAGUCGAACCGAGCUCUACCCAACCCAUAGUGGCUCAAGCUAAGAUCACCGAGGGGCUCAAGCACGAUGAUCCGGCUUUCAAAUCCACAUGGGUUCACCGAGCUUGGUUAGUUAGCGGGUGCACAACCGUGCUAAUUGCCCUAACCAAGUCAAUGGUGGCCUCAAUCCAUUCCCAUAUAUGGGCCGAGCCAAUCAUAGCUGGCUUAGUUGGGUAUGUUGUAGCAGAUCUCAUGUUCGGAGUCUACCAUUGGAGCGUAGACAACUAUGGAGAUGUAAACACCCCCAUAUUUGGAGCUCAAAUCGACGACUUCCAAGGGCACCAUGACAUGCCUUGGUACAUCACAAGACGUGAAGUAGCCAACAAUUUUCAUGCUCUAGGCCAAGCCGCGACCUUCAUUUUCUUACCUAUUAACCUCUUUUUUAAUGACGCGAUUUUAAUGGCAUUUAUUGGAUGCUUAUCGACUUGCCUCUUAUUUAGCCAACAAUUUCAUGCAUGGUCUCACUCAACAAAGAGCAAGUUACCUCCAAUAGUUGUGACCUUGCAAGAUUUGGGGGUGCUAGUGUCACGCACACAACAUGCUGCCCAUCAUCAUGUUCCUUUUAAUAGUAACUAUUGCAUAGUAAGUGGAAUUUGGAACAAAUUUUUAGACGAAAAUAAGGUAUUUGUGGCAUUUGAAAAGGCUAUAUUCUUUUGGUUUGGAGUGAAGCCAAGGUCUUGGAAUGAGCCGAGCUUGAAGUUGACUAAGGAGAAUAUUACACCUCUUUCCUAGUCUCGAUAAUAAAGUGUCUUUUUGAAUCACUUAUUUUGUAUUUCCUUGAGAAUUUAAAUUAUUGUGAACUAUCUAAACAAUGUAAUCUUUG